AUGCAGAAAGUGAAUAAUGAGAAGAGCACUGGAAAAGUAAAGAAGUUUAAGCAUCAGAAGUGGACAGCUGCAGAAGAUGCACAGUUAUAUAAGUUGCUAAUAGGUCAAUAUAGCGUCAAUUGGGAUAAUGUGGCAAAAUUAAUGUACAAUAGGAAUGCCAGGCAAUGCAAAGAUAGAUGGAAUUACUAUUUCUGUCCAACAGUGAAUAAUGGGGAUUGGUCGCAUGAAGAAGAUGAACUUUUGAAUCAAAAAGUUAAAGAGUUAGGAACAAAAUGGAAAGAGAUCUCCACAUUCUUCAUUGGUAGAACAAAUACUAAUUGUAAGAAUAGAUGGCUUGCUAUGCAAAGAGAAAAAAUGAAAAGUAUUAAUUCAGCAGAAAAUGCUAAUGUAGCGCCACCUGCUGGUCAAAUAGAUCCUAAUAGUAAUCAGAAUACUCCUGGUAUAGGAAAUAUGCAAUUACAGAAUACACCAUAUGAUUUUGAUGAUGCUUUCACUGAUCAUGACCUCGAAUUGUUCGAACUUUAA